CAGUGGUGGAGGAUCGAGCUCAGAACGGCACCUCGGCACGAAGGAAGACCUGAGGCUUCAGGUCGCAGCAGGUUAUGUUGGAGGAUGUCUGAAGGGAGGCAGCGAACCUUAUCAACCUCUGGAGAGUCUUUGUAUCAGGUUCUGGGUGUAGAGAAAAGCUGCAGUCAUGAUGACAUCAAGAAAUCCUACAGAAAACUGGCACUGCGUUACCAUCCAGACAAGAACCCAGACAACCCAGAGGCGGCGGAGAUGUUUAAAAGAGCUGAACAACGCUCACGCUGUUUGUCCGACACAACCCGGAGGAACAUCUACGACUCUUAUGGCUCACUGGGACUCUAUGUCGCUCAGCAGUUUGGCGAAGAAAAUGUCAACACCUACUUCAUGCUGUCCACGUGGUGGGCCAAGUGGAUCUGA